CUUACGAUUAGAUCCGACAAUGAAUCCAGAUCUGACUGAGGAGCAAAUUGCCGAAUACAAAGAGGCGUUCGCCCUCUUUGACAAGAGCAACACGGGCAUGAUCAGCGUGCGUGAGUUGGGCAAUCUGAUGCGCUCGCUCGGACAGAAUCCCACCGAUGCCGAGCUGAGGGAUCUGGUCAACGAGGUGGACACCACUGGCAAUGGCUCGAUUGAGUUCGUUGAGUUCUGCAAUUUGAUGUCGAAGCAGUCGGUGGACAGCGAUGCCGACGAGGAGCUCCGCGAGGCAUUCAAGAUCUUUGACAAGGACGAGGACGGUUUCAUAUCUCCAGCCGAGCUGCGCUUUGUGAUGGUCAAUUUGGGCGAGAAGCUAACCGACGAGGAGAUCGACGACAUGAUACGUGAGGCAGACUUCGAUGGCGAUGGCAAAAUCAACUACGAAGAGUUUGUCUACAUGAUAACUCAAAAGUCUGUAUUAAAUUACGAUUCAACAAUGAAUUUGGCCGACCUAACUGAAGAGCAAAUUGCAGACUAUAAAGAGGCGUUUCUUCUUUUCGAUAAGGAAAAUUCUGGCGUGAUUAACUCUCGGCAAUUGGGAAAUUUGAUGCGAUCACUCGGCAGUAGUCCCACCGAUAUUGAACUGAAGGAUAUGUUGAACGAUGUUGAUGUCACUGGCAAGGAGCAAAUCGACUUUGAGCAAUUCUGUAGCCUCAUGUGCAGACAUGCGCAGGAUACUGAUUCAGACGAGGAGCUCAAGGAGGCAUUCAUGAUCUUUGACAGGAACGAGGACGGUUUCAUAUGUGCAGCCGAGCUGCGCUUUGUGAUGGCCAAUUUGGGCGAGAAGCUGACCGACGAGGAGAUCGAUGAUAUGAUACGGGAGGCCGACUUCGAUGGCGAUGGCAAAAUCAACUUCGAAGAGUUCGUCUAUAUGAUAUCACCGAAAUAACAGCUGCUCUUCGGCAUAUUUGUUUCUCAGAUGAUAGAUUCGUUGCCAAUUAGGCAGCCUCAAAUGAAAGCACUAAGUAAAUUAACUGAACCGAA